CCCCAAUCCAAACCAUGUCUGAGUCGCCUGAGUCGGACGACCUGGUCAUGGUCGACGACGCCUCGCCCUCGUCCUCGUCCCCCACCGCACCCGCAGUCUCGCCGGCAGCAGCACCAGGUGUUGAUCAGAAGAAAAAGUCUGCUGCGGCACCGGGCGUGUUUGCUCCUGCUGUGGAGAGCGAAUUGCAGCAAGCCAUUGCCGCCGAGUUUCCCCAUCUCGACGAAGGCGCUGCUGCCGGUGCCGAGCCCAACAACGCCAGCACGAGCACUAGCACAGAUGCUACUGCAUCAUCGUUGCACUCCAACCCGAACAGCCAGGCGUCCGCGUCUCCCGCCGUUGCUGCUUUGCGCGCCACCACUGCGUCGCCGCUCGUCGCUCCAGUCCCAAUCGCCUUCACGAGUGCUGUGGCGACUGACAAGCAAGCAGCCUCGUUGGUGUCGUCGUUGUCGUUGUCGUCGUCGUCGUCGUCGUCGUCCUCGGGUGGAACACAAGCGCUGGUCGCACCGCACGCCAAGCUCGCCUUCACGUACUCUGCGUCUGGCUCGCCCUCCCAUUCUGCUGCUACGUCAACCACAACGUCGCCCACAUCGUCGCGUCCGUCAUCGCCAGGGCCAACAACGGGGUCGCCGAGCCCUGCCGCCAAGUCCACGUCCUUCCGCGCCAAGGCAGAGCGCCAGCUGAUUCUCACCAAGCAGAAGGUUCGCGAAGUAUUCACCUCAGAGAGUCAUGGCGUUGUGACCGAGGAUAAACGUGUCAACGACCGCACCGCACUGUUUGAAUACGUGCAGUCCAUGUUUGUCGACUUUGCCGACUACCACGAGCAUCUCCAGCGCGCGCUGACCAAUGUCGCGGCUGCUCAAGAGGACUUGAGCCUGUACUUGCAAAGCAAAACCGAAAAGUUUGAUCCGACCGUGGGCUCCGACUUGGCCAAGGCCGGGCACGCAUUGCACACCGCCAACGCGUCCUUUUCGAGCUCGGUGGCUCCUGCAGCACUGCGAAUCAACGAGCGACAUCGCACCUUCCGCGACAAUGUUGUCCCGGGUGUCCACACAGCGCUCAAGCAGCUUACGGCCGAACGCGUGACAUACGACGCUUAUCGCUUGCAUUGCCGCGAACUGGAAGAGCAGAUGCGCGUGGAGGACCCGGACGCGGCAGAAGUCAUCGAGGUUGCCGUGUCCAGAUCAAGCAGUCAUCCCGACGGCACAGCCUCGCCGUCACGGCACGCCGCGCCAAACAAGCUUCGAGCCCAGCAGCAGGCUUUGCAACGACACCAGCUGCAGGCCAAAUACGUCGAGGCAAUGCAGCAGGUGACCCACUCCUCUAAAAACUACGAGCAUCUUCGAAACGCAACGCUUGCCAAGACGGACAGCAUGGACCGCGAGCGCCAAGACGUGAUGCAUUUGGCAAUAUCUGACAUGUUGGAUGCACUAAACAACGGAUUUGCCACGGCUCUCGAAUCUCUUCGCGCAGACUACCCAGAAGCUGUGGCAGCCGCGCUUCCCCAGCAGUCGGGUGCGCCGACCCCUGUUGCCCAGUAGCGCAGUCAAGUGGCCUUGUGGUUUCCGCCCCCCCCCGUUAAAACCAACCACACACGGUCUGCUGCUCCGAGUCUUGCUUUGUUGAGCUUUGUGUGCUGUAGAGAGUGUGUGUAUUCUGUAAUUUUCUCUUUCAUCUGAAUAGUACAAUUCACAAAGUGUUGAUGUGGGCUG